AUGGACAGUGCAGCACCACCGGGAGUGCCCCCAGCGACACCCUCUCCAGCGCCACUCGCCCCGUCGCCCGCCCCUCCCACAACAGCACCCACGCCCCUGCCCAUUGCCCCUGCCCCAGCAGCGUCCACCUCAGCACCUGCCCCAAAGAGGUACCAAAAGAAACCCAAACAAAAGAAGAUUGAUGGCCUGCUGGCCUAUACCACAUCAUUCGUCCCUGGAACAUACAAUGUCAAGAUCCCUGCCGGGGACUAUCUCCAGAAGGAGAGAAACGUUGAUGUAGCCAGACAAAUUAGCGUCGAGAGGGCAAAGAGGGAGCAGGAAGAGGAAAAGGCUCAGAGGGAAGAGGCAGGGAUUGCCCAACAGAACCCUCUGUCCCAUAUCCUGAUUAUUCAUCCCGGCUCUCGAAACCUUCGAAUAGGACUAGCCUCAAGUUACUAUCCUCGUGAAGUUCCGAAUUGUAUAGCCCGGCCAACAACUGCAGUAAACGCAAGCGGUGCCAACCCGGUACCUGCUUUGGGGAGUAGAGUGAAGAAGACCAGGAGUGAGGGCAAUAAGAAGCGCAAGAGGGAGGAGGUCCAAUCGCAAGAUGUAUCCAUGAAUGGCGGGGAGGAGGCUCCCGUAGAUCCUGUGAUCGAGCCUAUAGGGUACCUCCGAGAUUAUCUGCGCAACCGACUUGUACAGGAGCGUCUCACGACAGAUUGGAGAGAUACCACACGAGUCAAGGCUGCCAACGCAAAGACCAAGCCCGAGCUGCUGCCAGAGCAUAAUGAUCCGUACCGAGUUGACUGGACCGAGCCCGAAGGCAAGCCUUUCUUCAUUGGAAACGAUGCUCUGAGGUUACCAGAGAACGCCGGAUACACGACUCGUUUCCCUAUACUACACCGGACGCUGAAUCGUCGCGAUUGGUCUUCCUCGCAAUCCUUGCUAGACGACAUCUCUUCCAUCCUCACCACUGCUCUCCUCACUGAGCUUGAAAUACCGCCAUCAAAAUAUCCGGAAUACAGCGUCCUGUUCAUCGUCCCCGACCACGGUGACAGGAUUUACGUCCAAGAGAUGACGCAUCUCAUACUCAAAGUCUUGGGUUUCAAGGCCAUUGCCGUGCAGCAGGAAGCAUAUUGUGCAAUCUUUGGCGCUGGGAUGAGCAGUGCCUGUGUGGUCGACAUCGGAGCUCAACAAACGAGUGUGACUUGUGUGGAUGAAGCGGUCCUCCAGCCCGAAACGAGAAUCAAACUGCACUAUGGCGGAGACGACAUUACGUCCUCACUAGCACACCUGCUGGAGCAGUGCAGCUUUCCAUAUCGCGACCUCGACCUCGCUCGGGCACAAGACUUUUUGAUGAUGGACAAUCUCAAAAUGAAGAUCUGUACUCUGGAAGAGCAUCUUGUAGCCAACACGCCUUGGGACUUUUUCGUCCCCAGGACUGAGGGGCUGACGCAAAAAUGGGCGCUGAGGACAUUUGAUGAAAACAUCUUGGCGCCUUUGGUUUUCUUUGACACAAGAUUGAUCGACUUUGAAGAGAAGAAGGGGCAAGGGUCAAUGCGCUUUUGGAAUACCUCGGAUGACAAGGUGUCUGAUGAGAUCUCGUCAAACUACGAGGAACCCACCGGUACCAUGAGAGCCUGCACUUCUCAUCUCCUUCCGGCUCCCGUGCCCAUUCCCACACCUGCCACAGAGUCCAUCUCUGUAUCAUCCACACCAGCGCCUCCUCCCAUCACCGAGAACCCCAGCCCUGAAAGGUCUUCCACAUCCGGUACCCCAGCACCAGACGUCAAACCUGGCACUUCUUCCACCCCCACCCCAGUCCUUGGCUCUAUCCCAACCAUGGCGAGCUUGGCACCCCUGCCUACCCUCAGUGCAAGAAAAGUGUUCGAGUUCUCUGCCCAAUCCCCGCUCGAUGCCGCUAUUGCGGCUUCCAUCGGUAUGGCGGGUACAGAAAACAAGAUGAAAUCUCUCUCCCAAUCUAUCCUGCUCAUCGGCGGCUCCUCCAACCUCAAAGGUCUUUCCGCCUUCAUCGCCGAGCGCCUCCCGUCCCUCCUCCGGCAAAAAGGUGGACCCGGCGAAGUGACGAUCGUCCCUCCGCCAAGAGGGUUGAAUCCCAAGUUUGUGAGCUGGAAGGGAGGGAGUGUGAUGUGUCAUAUUGAGAGUCUGCAAGACAUGUGGAUUAGGAGAGAUGAGUGGGAGGCGACAGGUAUCAGGGCGUUGAAAGACAGGUAUAUGUGGUUCUGA